AUGAAGACCAAUGACACUAAUGUGAGCUACCAGAAGUCAACCGAGAGAAAUCACACAACAGUGACAACCUUUAUUCUUCUUGGACUGACUGAUGAUCCAAAAUUACAGGUGGUCAUUUUUCUUCUCCUUUUCACAUACAUGUUGAGUGUCAUUGGGAAUCUAACCAUCAUCACCCUUACCCAACUGGAUUCUCAUCUAAAGACACCCAUGUAUUUCUUUCUCCGAAAUUUCUCAUUUUUAGAAAUCUUGUUCACAACUGUCUGCAUCCCCAAAUUCCUUGUCAAUAUGGCAAUAGGUGAUAAGACCAUUUCUUACAAUAGUUGUGCAGCACAGCUGUUUUUUACUAUUCUCUCGGGUGCGACUGAAUUUUUUCUGCUGGCUGCCAUGUCCUAUGACCGCUGUGUGGCCAUCUGCAAACCCCUGCAUUACACGACCAUCAUGAGCGGCAGAGUCUGCAGCUUGUUGGUCUUUGCUUCAUGGUUGGCUGGUUUCAUAAUAAUUCUUCCAUCACUCCCUGUGGCUCUCCAGCUAGAUUUCUGUGCAGCCAACACUAUAGAUCAUUUCUUCUGUGAUCUUUCACCUAUACUGCAGCUCUCUUGCACAGACACAGAUUUAAUAGAAUUAAUGGCGCUUCUCUCAGCCAUUUUGACGCUCCUGGUUACACUGAUGUCAGUGAUUCUCUCCUACAUAAACAUCAUCAAGACUAUUCUGAAGAUUCCUUCUUCUCAACAGAGGAAGAAAGCCUUUUCUACGUGUUCUUCUCACAUGGUUGUUCUGUCCAUUUCUUAUGGCAGCUGCAUCUUCAUAUAUGUAAAACCCUCUGCAAAAGAAAGAGUGUCUUUAAAUAAAGGGGUAGCUCUGCUCAAUACUUCUUUUGCCCCCAUGUUGAAUCCCUUCAUUUAUACACUGAGAAACAAGCAAGUGAAAGAUGCUUUUAUGCACAUGAUCGAAAGAAUGGAAUUUUUCUCGCUGAAGUGA